AUGAUGAUUCGAACACUAUCUAAAGCAUUAUCAAAUGGUUCAUCUUCUUCUAUUGAAUCAUCACCAUCAUCACCAACACCUUUACGUCCUCCUACAUUUCAAGUAUUAGCUACAUGUUUAUCAGAUUCAAAAAAAACUCUUCUUGAUCAAAUUCCUUAUCAUCAACAAAAAUUAAUACGUUUAAGAAAACGUGCUAAAAGUCUUUUAUCAUCUUCAUUUGAAAGACAAAAUUCUUCUGAUGGGAUUAUCAGUGUUGAUGAAAUUUAUCGACGUAUUAAUGCAACACAAACGAAUAAUACACCAGUACUUGAUCCUAAUAUUCCACCACCAAAACUUCUUCAACCAUCGACGAUUAUUGAUGAAGAAAAAUCAAAACAUAUUGUACAUGAAUUACCACCACGUGUACAUGGUCUUAGUUGGCGAAUAGUAUUUAGUACAGAUGAACAUGGAUUUAGUUUAAAUCAACUUUAUCGUCGAUCAAUGACAGUUGAUCAAGAUUCACCAUCACUACUUAUUGUUAAAGAUAUUGAACAAAAUAUAUUUGGUGCAUAUAUAUCACAACAGUUAAUGGUUAGUGAUGGUUUUUAUGGUACUGGAGAAACAUUUCUUUUUACAUUUCAUCCACAAUUUCGUGCAUUUCAUUGGACUGGAAACAAUCAAUUUUUCAUCAAAGGUGAUGUUAAAGCACUUGGCAUUGGAUGUGGAGAAGGUACAUAUGGUUUGUGGCUUGAUGCUGAUUUAUAUCAUGGACGAACAUGUCCAAGUAAAACAUUUAAUAAUAUACGAUUAUCAGCAAAAGAAGAUUUUAUUAUUGCAAGUAUUGAAAUUUGGACAUUUAUUGAUUAG